AUGGUGCUCAGGUUCAGUUCCUUGGCGAGUAUAGAGUUGACAUGGCUCCUGGCGCUGCUGUUCAUCCUGGUCACCAUGAUCCAAGUCCAUGGCCAGAUUCCCACCGCUGGGUUUGUAAACAUUGACUGUGGAUGGACAAAUAGCAGUGCCUACAACGACAGCACCUUACAGCUACAGUACCUCUCUGACGGUGAAUUUGUCGAGGGCGGUUUGAGCCACGACAUUUCAGCAGAGUCCAUGGCUGGUGCAGGGAAUGAGCAACAGAAAACCCUGAGGAGCUUCCCUAACGGCUCACGAAAUUGCUAUACGCUGCCAUCCAUCAACGGCAAGAAGUAUCUGCUGAGGGCCACAUUUACUUACGGCAACUACGAUGGGUUGAACAGGACUAUGGAUGGGUCAACGUUUUUAUUCGGGCUACAUAUAGGCGUCAAUUUCUGGGAGACUGUGAACUUGACAAACUGGGAUCAGGCAGUAUGGAAGGAGGUGGUCACCGUUGCUCCGGCCAGCAACCUGUCGGUCUGUCUGAUAAACUUCGGUACAGGGACUCCGUUCGUGUCUUCAUUGGAGCUGAGGCCACUUGACGAUCUGAUGUACCCAUUUGUGAAUUCUUCGGUGUCAAUCAGCUACUUUAAACGGAUCAGAUUUGGCAACACUGCUGAAUUUCUCACAAGAUAUCCAUUGGACCAGUACGACCGGUUCUGGGAGGCCUGGUCUUUCUCCUACAACACCUACCCCUGGAUCCCCCUAAACACUAGCAGUCGAGUGAGGAGUCUACCCGGCGACAAGGCCUUCCAGGUACCAGAGGACAUCCUAAAGCAGGCCUCAACCAUGGACACGAACUACUCCUUCCUCGAGAUCAAUGUGGGAGUGGGUCCCAACCUAGCCAAGAACCUGCAACUUCUUCCCAUCUUCCACUUUGCCGAGAUCAACAGCAGCAACCCGAGCAGGAGGUUCGACAUCUACAGCAACAACGAAUUGCUAUUCUCGGACUUCUCGCCGUCACCAUUCCAAGUGGACAGCAUGCACCAGAGCGGGCGGUUCCUGCAUAACCCUAUCGCGAAGUUCCGCCUGAACAAGACACGCAGGUCGAGGCUCCCUCCGCUCAUCAACGCGUUUGAGGUGCACUCGCUCGUUCGGAUGGAUAACCUCACCACUGACUCUGAUGAUGUCAAUUACGUGAAAGAAGUCAAGAAACACUACAAUUUGGCACGAAUAACCUGGAACGGAGAUCCAUGCUCCCCAAGAGAGUAUUCCUGGGAAGGUUUAACCUGUGACUACUCUAAGAGCAACCAGAGUCCGAGGAUUGUCGCAGUAAAUCUGUCUACCAGCGGACUGAAAGGUGGACUAGUCAUAUCAUUCAUGAACAUGGCAUCACUGGAAAACUUGGAUUUAUCACACAACAAUUUGACAGGAGCUAUUCCAGACUACCAAAUAAAGUCACUUAAAGUUCUCGAUUUGUCAUAUAAUCAGCUCGAUGGACCAAUCCCGGAUUCUAUUCUUCAAAGAUCUCAGGCUGGUCUGCUUGAUUUAAGACUAGAAGGCAAUCCCAUAUGCUCAAAAGUCAAAGAUACGUCCUGUUCAAAUACUAAGAAGAAGACCACAUCUACCGUGCUCAUCGCAGUGAUAGUUCCUGUGGUACUGGUAUCCUUCCUAGUAGUGAUGGGCAUACUAUGGAAGUUAUACUGGAAAGGGAAGUCAGGAGAUGAUGAAGAUUAUGCUAUGUAUGAAGAGGAAACUCCCCUACAUAUUGAUAUCAGACGGUUCACAUACGCAGAGCUGAAACUCAUAACUAAUAACUUUCAAUCAAUCAUCGGAAAAGGAGGUUUUGGUAUUGUUUAUCAUGGCAUGCUCGAAAAUGGUGAUGAGGUAGCUGUUAAGGUGCUUAUGGAGACAUCAAUAGCAGAGUCAACAGACUUCCUCCCUGAGGUGCAAACUUUGUCUAAAGUUCAUCACAAGAAUCUCGUGACUUUGCAAGGAUAUUGCCAGAACAAGAAGUGCCUUGCACUCGUUUAUGACUUCAUGCCCAGAGGAAAUCUUCAACAGCUUCUAAAAGGAGGAGAUGAUUAUAGUUUGACUUGGGAACAACGACUUUAUAUUGCCCUUGAUGCUGCACAAGGACUGGAGUAUCUACAUGAGUCAUGCACCCCAUCAAUAGUGCACAGAGAUGUGAAGACCCCAAACAUCCUUCUGGACAAGAAUCUGGUGGGGGUAAUAUCUGAUUUUGGGCUUUCACGGGCUUUUAACGAUGCUCACACGCACAUAUCUACUGUUGCUGCUGGAACUCUUGGCUACCUCGACCCUGAGUACCAUGCAACUUUCCAACUCACUGUCAAGACAGACGUUUACAGCUUCGGCAUCGUGCUCUUGGAGAUCAUCACCGGCCAAUCCCCAGUAUUUAAUGACCCUCAAACCGUCCACCUACCAAAUUGGGUGCGGCAGAAGAUAGCUAAAGGCAACAUUCAUGAUGUUGUAGACAGGAGGCUGCUGGAUCAGUAUGAUGCCAGCUCCCUGCAGAGUGUGGUAGACCUUGCCCUGAACUGCGUCGAAAACGCAGCCAUCGACAGGCCCACCAUGACAGAGGUUGUUUCAAGGCUCAAAGUGUGGUUGCCAUCGGUUUCAAGCGAUAAGCAGUCUACUUCUGGGACUCCUCGACGUAGGUACUCCAUGAAUACUGAUAUGCCAAAGCAGUUCCAGUUAAUGAUUUCAGGAGUAAGCGAUGCGGAAAGUUCCUUCCAGUCUGGAUAUACCAGUGGGAAUGGGAUGUCACAAGCAACCCUCUUUUCUGGACGGUGAAAGGAAACGCCUAUCAUGUUACUA